UCUUCUUGCACACAAGCUCACUAUAGCAGCUACAAGCUACUCACGAGCUGACCAACACCCUUCCAAGACUCCUUCCGUCAUUUUGACUACAAGCUACUCACACAAAUCAGACAAAAGAGAUGGACCGUGUGAUGAAGCUAGCAUCUGAGCGUGCCGUGGUGGUGUUCACCCUGAGUCCCUGUUGCAUGUGCCACACAGUGGAGCGUCUAUUUCGUGACCAGCUUGGGGUCAAUGCGCUGGUGCACGAGCUCGACCAGGACCCUAGGGGCAAGGAGAUGGAGAGAGCCCUCCUCAAGAUGCUCGGCAGGGGGCCGUCCGUGCCGGCCGUCUUCAUAGGCGGGAAGCUUGUUGGUGGCACCAACAGGAUCAUGUCUCUACACCUAGGUGGCGAGCUAGUCCCCAUGCUCAAGAAUGCGGGAGCUCUCUGGCUAUAGAGAGCUACUUCAAGAGACGACCUAACGUACAACUUGUUGGAAAUAUGCCCUAGAGGCAAUAAUAAUUAGUUAUUAUUAUA